UCAGAAGGCCUUGAAUUUGUCGAAUCUGUGUGUGUGCGUGAAGGCUAUGAGCACAAAGGACGCCACACACGACAGGCAAAAGACCAGGUCGAAAUGCAGAUGGAACGCCGAAAAGUCGAUAGACGGACCCAUCACACUCGUCACGCCCUCCCUGUGUGACCACACACACAACACAGAAAGACAUCCGGCAGCCAGCCAUUGGAUGGAUGCUUUCGGACAGAUGUGGCGAAACAACCAACUCACCUGUACUGCUCUGGCAGGUAUAUCCUGAGGAGCAGUGCACACGCCGAGAAGUAGAGGCCCAUGAUCUCAGACAUGGCCAGAGCAAACACAUUCGAUGACACCGACGUCGACACGAAACGAAACACCGUCAACAGCUGCGCCGUGCGCACACAAGUAGGACACACACACAGAAACAUUUGACCAACAUUUGUUCUGCGUGUCUGUCUGUGUUUGGGGAGGGAGGGGCGUGGCGUACCUUUGAUAUGAAUCCUCUGAUGUUGAGGGCGAUGAUGAGCCCGAGGAACAGCAGCGACACGUAGGGUGACCACACGGCCACGUCAAUCGGCACCUACUCACAGACAGACCCACCACACCUAAUGCGUGAAUCUGCCAUCGACUCGUUUGGCGGUUCGCUCACCCUGAGCAGGCCGAAUGCGGCCGAGAGGAACAGGCUGGCAGGGUCCUCCUGGAUCACCCGCCGCAGCAUCACGUUGCUCACGGACAU